AUGAGUUCUAGUUCGCGGCCAACCACGAGCCAAUCACGCACACUGGACGAUAGGUUCGUCCGUCACAACCUCGACAGCCCGACGCCCUCCGUCGAAUGGCUCCCCGGCGGGGACGAGCCGGAGGGGAAGCCUUAUACUGUCCAGAAACUGAUCGUCGGAACUUGCACGCCAGAGAAUGAACAAAGCAGCCUUAUGCUCGUUCAGGUUAAGAUUAGUCGCGAAGAUUGGGAUGGUAAAGAAUCCAGUUCCUCUGUUGAGAUCGGGAAGACAAAAAGAGUGCAGAAAAUAAAUCAUGAUGGGGUAGUUAACCGGGCUCGUUACAUGCCACAAAACCCGAGUAUUAUUGCUACCAAGACAGGUAGUGCUGAGCUUUUCAUUUUUGAUUGUACCAAACAUCUGUCAAACCCUCCCGAGGAGGGUGUUUGCAACCCUGAUUUGAGGUUAACCGGUCACAAAGACAAAGGACUUGGCUUGUCCUGGAGUCCAUUUAAGAAGGGUCAUUUGUUAAGUGGCUCAGAGGAUGGUCAAGUUUGCUUGUGGGAUGUUAAUGCCACUCCACAUGAUAAUACACUUGAGGCUAUGCGUAUAUUUGAUAAACAGCAAGGAUGUGUUGAGGAUGUAGCUUGGCAUAUGAAGGAUGAGAACUUAUUUGGUUCAGUUGGAGAAGAUAAACAUCUACAUAUAUGGGAUAUACGCAUUCCACCAAUCAAGCUUAAUCAAUCUGUACUUUGUCAUGAUGCUAAAGUUAACUCCCUAGCAUUUAAUCCUAUUUGUGGAUGGGUUUUAGCAACUGGAUCUUCUGAUAGGAAAGUCAAAGUGUUUGAUCUGCGCAAGACUUCGCCUUUCCUCCAUACCUUGGAAUGUCACAGGGAGGAGGUUGGCCAUGUUAGGUGGAAUCACAAGCAUGAGAAUUUUUUAGCUUCAAGUUCUGGAAGGAAGAUUCUUGUUUGGGAUGUUAACAGGAUUGGGCGGGCACAAACCAGUGAGGAGGCUAAAGGAGGACCCCCGGAGUUGGCCUUUCUUCACUCUGCCCACACGGAUAGCAUUACAGACUUCUCAUGGAGCCCAACCUACGGCUUGGCUAUCGCUAGUGCAUCCAAGGACAACAGUGUACAGUUAUGGCGGAUGCGAGAAGUCAAGUAAUUUGUGAAGAAGAGGAAGAUGAUGAUGAGAAUUGAAGGCCCCAUAGCUUCUUUUUCCAACUUUGGUAUUGUUAAUUCUGAGCUGUGGUUUAUCUUUUCUUUCCAAAGUAUUGUUUCUGGUGUUACUAUGGAUUUACCAGACUUCAUUUAGCCUCUAUUGG